AUGGACGGGUCCCCGGCCGGUGCGAAACAGAACAGCGGCCUCCGGCCGAUUUCGAAUUCCCAAGUCAUGUCGGCCCAGGUGAGCAGGCCCUCCAAUCGCGGACCCCAAGGCGGCAGGCCCGGCGACAGCAACGGCACCCGGACGCUGUCGCCGGGCGUGGGCAAUCAGGCCUCCCUGCAGCAGGCGACGCCGGGGUUCUUGUUGCAGAGCACGGAGGGGCGUGGGCGGAGCGCCCAGGUGGGCGGCGCCAAUCCCAUGGCGACAGCGGCGGCGUUCGCCAACCUGUGGGCAGCGCAGAGCGCCGGCCGCGGCCGCGGGCAGAGGCUUAGCGUGGCGGGCGUUGGGCCGAAGCCCAACCUGCCGCCGGAGCUGCUCAAGUCAAUCUCAGUGGCAGCGCACAACCUGCCGGGAGUUCACGCGUCCCCCAAGCAGGCCUCUCGCCCCCAGACGGCCCCGGCGGAGGGGAGCUACCGGAGGGCGGUGGCAAUGGGCGUCAGCGAGGGGUCGCAGGGCAGGGGACUGGGUCAGAUUGUCGUCCACUCCAAGGUGCCCGAGCACGGGCCCGGACCGAGAUCUGGGGGCACGGCCGAGCAUAAGGGCAACCCCCCCCAGCUGGCCAGCAGAGUGCGGCAGCUGGGGCUGCAGGGGGGGCUGAGGGGGGGGAGGACGAUUCAGUUGCAGGGCAGGAACCCCGGGCAGGGCGGGAACAUAUUGAUAGCCCAGUCGGCCCCAAGCCCCCGCGGUAGCCAGAGGGAGGUGGGGUCGAUGCGACAGGGAUUCCCUGUGUCCCAGAAUGCCAACCGGCAGGGCUUCACUUCUGCAGCCAACCUGGUCCAGACAUUGGGGCCCCUGAUGACGCAGGCGGAGAGGCCAGGGCAGAGGGUGCGGGAGCUGCAGACGGGCCCAACAACGAGCACGCCCCCGGCGCAGUCGCCGCGCCACCAGGCAAAUGCUUCAAGCACAUCACAUGGGCCGACGAGCCCGGGGUUGAACCUUGCCCCCAUGAUGGUGAAGGGCACAAGUGGCAGCAACAGCAACCUUCCAGGCAACCUGACGCUUGUGCCUUCAUUCUUGGUGCAGAUGCCUGGGGGCCAGUUCCGUCUGGUGAACACUGCACCAACCAUGAUGGGGAUGACGGGCCAGGGGCAGGGGCAGGGCCAGGGCCAGGGCCAGGGGGCCUCAAACGAUGGCAAAGGGAGUUCUGUGGCCAAAGGAAAGCAAACCACUGCCAUGCAAGCCGCCAUCCUACCAGUGUCACGGCCUGAAGUGAAGAGCAGCGAUGCCACGAACCCACCUGGUGGUCUUCAGCUCAGCAUGGCAAGCAGCAUGCCAAGGACUUUUCCAAGGUCCCUGUCCAUGGUGGAGAGGCCUCCAAGGCUGCCCAACGUGGUCACAACAAUCCCCCAUGAGGUGGAACAUCAACCAUCGCUUCGUCUGCCAUCGGCGAGUUUUGCGAUGCUGAAGCCAGAAUUUGGCAGCCAAAAGUCACGCAUGCCUCAGAGCUACAGGGUCAAGGAGCCAGCCCUUUUGCGGAGGAGAACUCUGCAGGAGGAAGAACAAAGGGGGCAAGCAAUAGCACCAAUUAGCAGAGCAGAUGUGGUUGCCAAUGGCCAGGGUCUGUCAUCUCAGCGCAGCUCAGAGGAUAAAGACAAGGAUGAUAAGGACAUGAUAUCGGUUGCAGAGAGCUUGAAGGAUCUGUCUGGCAUGGACGCACGGCAAAUGUCAGACAGUCCCACGCACAACCAGGCAGCAACAAUUGAACAAGAAGCUGUUCAUGACAUAGCCACCACGAGCUACAGCAAUGACGACAGGAAUGGAGAGGUCAGCGAUCCAUCCGGGACUGGAACUGAUGCAUUUUCUGGACUGGACGUCCUCAUCGACGCAGCAACAAAGACGGAAGGAGAAUUCUUUCGUGCCUUUUCAAGACCAUCCUCCAGCCGGAGCGGGUUCACCAAGCGCCGAAGAGGCAUGGGGGCCUCCAUACGCACUUAUCGAGGCUCCAUGCCGCCACCGAACGGCAUCCCCCUAUCUUUUCAACUGCACCCGAGUUUCAUCGGCAUCAGUUAUGUGGAGCGCAGCGAAAAAUACGUUGCACGCUGCAGGCACAAAGGCGAAGCGAUACAGAUCGGCCAGUUCGACUCUGCCGAGAGUGCUGCAAAGGCGUAUGAUCGCACAAUCCUUGGUCUAAGGGGCGACACGGCUCGCACCAACUUUCCCAAGGAGGACUACAUGAAGUUCGAGGUGGAGAACUCUGCGCGUGCAUUCAAGACCAAACAAGAGCAAAGGAGCAGGGAGGGGGGCCGCCAUCGGAGAGAAUCGUGGUCGCCGUGGGCACGGGCUGCGCAGACACUCCUGGGUUCGGAGUGCUCAGAUGUGAGCCUGUCGGCACCCAGCUCACUGAUGCUGGGAGAUGCCAUGUCAGAGACACGGCGGGCACGGGUACAGCGCACGAUGACGCUGCUGCACCAGCUGAGGUCGGAGGACCCUUCUGUGUUUGACGAGGCUGUGGCCAAAGUCCAGAGUCUGGGAUUCAGUGCAGACUCCGUGCCCGCCGGGCCACAAAGCGGCCAGUCCCUCCCCCUCUUACAGGACAUCGACCACCCCACCCAAAACAUCGAGGAAACCCUGAGGGCGGUGUUCAGCCGCGUGGAGGACCUGCACAAGAUGGUGGCGUCCGGAAACGGGACUCUGGAGGACAAGAUGUCGCUGCAUCAGCACAUGUACGCCGCCGAGGUCCUGCAGAACAUCCUCAGCGCGAAGUGCUCCCGGCAGGGCAAGCCAUCGACGUCCGCGGCGGGCGGCAGAUCGAAGCACGUGAAGGCCGACCCGGAGUCUCCCUCCGCGGGAUCCGACGGGGCCGCACCCGGCAGGAUGCUUCAAGGCGGGACGGGCGCCGCGUCUGCGCGGAGGAGCGCCUACGGGCCUCUGGGCAUCGGCGGUGACGCGGGCAGGUCCGACGGCCCGGACCCAAGGGCGCCUGGUGGUGGUGCCGCCGACGCGGGCGCUGCCAACGGCGUCGUCCACCAGGGGGCGAGCCUGGGCCUGGUGCCGUUCCAGCCCACGCGCCUCGCCGGCGGCAAGGGCACCAACGCGUCGGAAGCGUCCGGCCGCAUGGCCGCCAUCGGCAGGUCGUCCGGCCCGCCGGCGCUGCCACAGGGCCUGGAGAAGCUGGGCGACCUGUCCAAGAAGGUGCAGGCGAUCCUGGCCAGCGGCUCGGGCAUGCGGCUGCCCUCCUCCGGCCAGCCGUUCCCUGCGGGUCGCUCGGCGGCGCUCUCCUCUGUCGCGGACGCCUGGGACGGUCCCCGGGGCCCGGCCGGGCUGGCCGGCGUCGGCGCGGCCAGGCACGCCUCCCAGCGCGGCGUGGGCCGGAUCGCCAAGCCGUCCUCCCGCGGGCUGAUGGCCGCCGACGACGCCCGCGGCGGCUUCAGGGAUCGCGGCAUGAUACGCCGGUCCAGCCGCAACUGCCCGCGCCGCGACCUGGACAUCUGGGUGACGCCGUCGGUGCGCGGCAGGGGCGCCCGGCGCGCGCUGGGCUCCCGUGUCGUCCGCUCGCCCUACGCCUCCUCGGAGGCGGAGGAAGAUGAGGACGACGCUGAGACGGAGAACCGCAGGCGCCGCGGCGUGGGGCUGUAUCGGCGCACGGUGCGGCGGCGCGUGGCCGCCGGGCGCGGCCGCGGCAGGGGCUACAGGGGCCGAGGCAGGCGCGGGCUUCGAGGUAGGGGCUCCAGGCGCGGGGCCGGUAGGGGCCGCAGCAGGCGGGCGGCGCCCGGACGUCAGGAGACGUCGCAGGACGGCGGGGAGGCCGCCGCGGAAUUGACGGGCGCCGGCGAGGGCCCGCGGGCCCGCGGCGGCAACCGGGAGAGCGACGCGUCGAUGGAGGAGGUGGCGGAGGCGCUGACGUCGCUCCGGGGUGGGGAGGGGAGGGGUGAUGACGUCGGUGGGACCGCGGGGCCGGAGGGAGCGGAGGGGGAAGGGCUUGGUGAUCAGAACGGGGAGGGGGCGGGGGAUGGACUGGUUGGGUUCGUGCAGGUGGAGGCCGCCCGGCAGGUGUCCGUAGCGCAGGACGACGCGGGGGCGAGCGAGGGGGAGGGCGGCCAAGCGGCGGAGGCGGAGGAGGAGGAGGACGACUGGGAGGAGUCGGAGAGCCUGGCGCCGACGGCCAGCCAGGCGGGCGCGAUCGGCAACGAGGAGCUGAAGCGGUACAGGGAGAGCCUGGGUUGGGGGAAGCUGCUGGCGUGCUCGCUGUGGCCCAAGAAGCGGGGGGGUGGCAUGCUGGCCAAGUCGUUCGACGGCAACUACAAGGGGCACGGCCACCGGGUGAUGCUGCUCGACGUCCGCGACGAGCUGUUCCGGGACGCCGGCAGGAGCUGCGGGGAGGAUGUGUCGAAUCAGCAGCCGAGAUGA